AUGGCGGGGGAAACGUUCUCGCUCGCCGGUAAAGGCUUGAAACUCGAUACGAAAGAGGAUAUCGAAAAACAUAUUCAGCCACUCGUGGCGUCCUCUUCUGUCACUCACAUCGAUCUGUCAGGAAAUACGCUCGGUGUAGCCGCGUGUGCCGCUCUCGCGCCCAUUUUGGCGUCCAAGUCGACCCUGGAGAGUGCCGAUCUACACGAUAUCUUCACCUCCAGAUUACUUGAGGAGAUUCCUCCCGCUCUGUCUUCCCUCUUGACCGCCUUGUUACAAUGCCCUCACCUCCAUACGAUUGACCUCAGCGAUAACGCCUUUGGUCUCAACACCAAGGACCCUCUAGUCGAUUUCCUGUCCAAGCAUGUCCCUUUGAAGCAUCUCAUCUUGAAUAAUAAUGGCAUGGGUCCGAUCGCCGGGACUUCUAUCGCGGAGGCACUGGUGACACUCGCUGAGCGAAAAGAUGAAGCAAGAAAAGAGGGCAAGGACGUUCCACACUUGGAAAGCAUUGUCUGUGGCAGGAACCGGUUGGAGAAUGGGAGCAUGGCUGCCUGGGCAAAGGCGUACGAGGCACACAAGGCAGGUAUCAAAAGUGUAAAGAUGACACAAAACGGUAUUCGGCCGGAAGGAAUAUCCCAUUUAAUUUCCUCUGGGCUGUCCAUCUGCAGCAAUCUGGAGGUCCUCGAUAUGCAGGACAAUACAUUCACGCUCAAGGGUGCCCAGGCUCUGGCGAGCGCGAUCAGGGGCUGGUCCGGGCUGAAGGAGCUAGGUGUUGGGGAUGAUUUACUGGGAGGAAGAGGUGCGACCAAGGUGUUUGAGGCCCUUACUUCGGGAAACAACAAAGACAUCGAGGUUCUCAGGCUGCAGUUCAACGACAUUCAUCCCGCUGGCCUCAAAGCUCUCCUACAAGCUGCCCAGGACGGUCUUCCUAGACUGCGGCGGGUGGAAUUGAACGGCAACAAGUUCGAGGAAGAUGACCCAUCCGUGGAGGCGCUGGCUGAACUCCUAAGCGACCGAAAGGAUGAGGGUGGCAAGCAUGAGGAUCCGGAAGACCACUGGGGUCUGGAUGACCUCGACGAAUUGGAGGGAGAAGACAGUGACGCGGAGGAAGAGGAUGAGGAGGCUGAGGAGGCUCAGGAGGAGGAAGAGGAGGAGGAAGCGCGGGAGAAGCUCUUGAGGGAAGACGAAGAAGCAGAAGACAUGACCGUCUCUCUGAAGAGUGAUGCUGAAGUGGACGAGUUGGCAAAGGCCCUUGACAAGAACCUUUGA